AGGAAGACAAGCCUUCCAAACAUUUUCUGCAACAAAGAUUCCACGCACCAGCAGCAUGGUGAAUCCUUCUACUGAUACUGACCCACUCCAACAGAAACCCUUCUUCACCAAGGGAGCCCCAGUGGAGGUCAGCAGUGACGACGAAGGCUUUCGAGGCGCUUGGUACUCCGCCACAAUUCUCGAAAACCCUCCCAAGUUCGCUUCCAAGAAGCGCAAGAAGGCCUUGGUUAAGUACAAAACCUUGCUCUCCGAUGAUGGCUCCUCCCAUUUGACCGAGCAUGUCGACCCCGCCUAUAUCCGCCCUUUGCCUCCUAAUGACAAGGGCACUGCUCACCUCGACGUAAACGACGUCAUCGAUGCCAGCUACAGAGAUGGUUGGUGGACUGGGGUUGUGAGGAAGGUUUUGAAAAAGUCCAAAUACAGGGUUUACUUUGGCAAUCCACCCGAUGUCAUUGAAUUCGAUAGGAAAGAUUUGAGGGUUCAUUGGAGUUGGGUUGACGGCAAAUGGGUUCGCCCUGAAAAGCAGCAAUCAACAAGCUCCAUUUUUAGCUCAGGAACAACUGUAGAGGUAAACAUCGAAAAUGAAAACAUAGGCAAUAUUUGGUACCCUGCAGUAGUCAUAAAAGAAAACGAGGAUAAUACUUUCCUGGUGAAGUAUCAGAACUCUAUGAAUGAUGAUGAGUCUGGGACAGCAAAAGUUGUUGUAGAUUCCCUCCAUAUCAGACCCGCUCCUCCUCGAUAUUUGGAUAGAAAUUAUGAAUUGCUGGAAGGAGUGGAUGCAACAUAUAAUUUUGGUUGGCGAAGUGGAGUAAUUACCAAAGUUCUUACAGGAAGAAGGUACAAUGUCUUUUUUAAGCAUGGAAAUGAGGACAAAGAAUUCUGUCUCUUCGAUAUCAGACCUAACCUUGAAUGGAUUGAUGGCAAAUGGGUUAGUAAAUACAAGGAAGUCAUAAUUGUGUCUGAUGAGCAAGAGCAGAUAGAAAUUGCUCCCUGUGGUACCCAAAAGACCAAGGUGGAUGGAGAACUUGAAAGUUCCUUAUCCACAAAAGAAAACACUCAAGAUAAGACUCCUUUGACAAAGAUGAACAAAAAUGCUGUGGAGAAGUCAACUUCCACCGAUGAAAACAAUGCUUUGAAAACAAGCAAGAAGAAGAUCAAGCUGGAAACAUCAAAUGGUAACACUUUUCGCUCACGGCCUUCAAAAAAGCUAACUGAAGGAAAUGCAGUGGAGACACCGGUAUCAGUCACAGCCGAUAAGUUAAAAGGUAUGCCUAUUGAAAAAUUGUGUAAAGAUGGCACUCCAAGGACUGGUGGUAAAGGUGCUAAAUUCUCAAAGAAAACCGUGAUUGGUGAUGAGCCUUGUGACAAGAUUGAGUCCCUGACAACAGGAGCAACAACUGAUAUUCAAUGUGCCCUACUCGCUCUGCAGCAAACUGCUUCAAAUGACUGCCUUUUCUGUCAACAUCACCGUUCUAACUGGACAACUAAGAGGCAGAAAGCUGGUUCAGCUGACAGUAUGACAAAUAACCUUGUGACAAGGAAUGUCAGAGCUAUAAAGUCACCAAGUAAAGGCCCACAGGGCAAGGAUGGAGCUACAUGGAUUGCUGCAGGAGCUAAUCAAGGGGAGAUUAAAACAAAAGAAGCUGAAAUGCCCAUCGUCAUAGGAUUAACAGCGGUCACAAAGACUUUACAGGUUGAAAAUUCCCUUCAGAUUCUUAGUGAGGAUCCUCAGAAGCUAAUGGGGGAUCAAAAGAAUAAUGUAAAUGAUUCAGUCAGAAAUGAGAACAUGGAAGGAAAGGAGCAUAAAGUUGGAGCCAGCGAUCUUAAAAGGAAGGGGGGAAGACCUACUAGAUCAGUAGUUACAAGUACAAAGGCUUCUGAUGCUGCCACUGAAGAUUCUAGAGGAAGGACAAGUGAUAAUUACAAAACAAAAGAGGUCCACUUGACCACUCAUGGAAUUUCUGACAUGGUUGAUGAGGAUCAACCUCUUUCAACUUGGAUAGGAGGAAUGAAUACUUCAGGUGAUGAAGAAACACGACUCCAGUCUGCUAGGCUUGUCAGUGGAUGGAAUGAGGAAAAAGGAUUGGUUGAUGUUCCAAUUGAAUCUCUUACGAUUGAUGUUAUUGAUAGAAGUCCAUUGAUUAAUGAUCAGAGUUUGCCUUUUGUGAAGAGAUCGCCUGUAUGGCGAACAAUUGAAUCUAUGGAUAUCUUCCGAAUUGUUCCUCAAAAACCACAUUUUCUACCUUUGGCUGAAAACAAAGAGGAAUUUCGUGAAGGAUCAGCAAUUGGUAUCAUGGUAACCUUUGCUAGUUUAUUUGAGAAGAUAUCUAUGUUGCAUUUUGAUGAACCUAGAGAUACAUUUGACAGCAUUUUGGAAAGUCUUAGUGACUUGGAAAAGUAUGGAUUCGAUGUUACCAUGCUUAGGCACCGCUUGAAUAAACUACUUUCAAUCAAAGAAGGACAUAAUCAGCAACUAGAGGAGAGACAAAAUGCUGAAAGGGAGAUAGUUGAGAGUACAAAGGAGAUAUCUAAAUUAGAUGAUGAGUUGGAAGAGAUCGAAAAGAAGAUUACUCAGUUACAAGAACAACAUACGUCCAUAAAAUCGGAGAAGGAGACCAAGAAUCUUAAGGUUGGUAAUUUUAAGUCGCAUGUCUGUGUUCUAAACAAACUUUGUCAGAAUGCAUCUCAUGAGUUUAAGAAAAUAGCUACUGCCUCGUGGAAGUUGUCGUAACCGACUGCUGGUGCUACUCAUCGGUUUCAUCUUCAUACUGCCAAGAUCCCUGCAUCACAGGUGACAGUUUAAAUAUGUGGAUUCAAAUUGUUAGCAUAAAUUAGUAGAUGAUCUAUUUUGAUUCAUGCAUAUGAAUGUAUCAGCUGUUUCAUGUACAUAAAUUAUGUUUGGUAAGUAGCUUGUCUU